CCAGGAGGCCGGUCUCACGCCGCUGGCGUCCGUGCGGGGGCGCUGGGUGGCACAGGAGGUUUGGACCGCCGCGCCUGGGGCAGCCCCGGUCCUCGCCGUCGCCGGCCGCCGCAGUUUGGUUACCUUGUGAUCACCACCUAUGGACGCGCAGAGGUCUCCGAAGGAAACGGUCCUCAUUACAGGAGGAGGUGGCUACUUCGGCUUCCGCCUUGGCUGUGCUCUGAGCCAGAAAGGAGUCCGGGUGAUUCUGUUUGACAUCAGCAGCCCCGCUCAGAACAUCCCCCAGGGAAUCCGGUUUGUGCGCGGGGACAUCCGCCGCCUUUCUGACCUGGAGAGGGCCUUCCAGGACGGGGACAUUGCUUGCGUGUUCCACAUCGCCUCUUACGGCAUGUCGGGGCGGGAGCAGCUGAACCAGAACCUGAUUGAGGAAGUCAACGUGGGAGGCACCGACAACAUCCUGCAGGCCUGCUGGAGGUGGGGGGUCCCCAGGCUGGUGUACACAAGCACCUUCAACGUCAUCUUCGGAGGCCAAGUCAUCAGAAAUGGAGAUGAGUCCCUGCCUUACCUGCCGCUCCACCUGCACCCUGAUCACUACUCCCGGACCAAGUCUAUUGCAGAGAAGAAGGUGCUGGAGGCAAACGGGUCUCCCCUGGGGACGGGAGGGGACGUCUUGAGAACCUGCGCCCUGAGGCCAGCCGGCAUCUACGGCCCCGGAGAGCAAAGGCACCUUCCCAGGAUAGUGAGCUACAUCGAGAGGGGCCUGUUCAAGUUUGUGUACGGCGACCCCAGCAGCCUGGUCGAGUUUGUCCACGUGGAUAACUUGGUGCAGGCACACAUUCUGGCCUCCGAGGCCCUGAAGGCUGCCAAGGGCCACAUUGCCUCCGGAAAGCCCUACUUCAUCUCAGACGGCAAGCCAGUGAACAACUUCGAGUUCUUCCGGCCCCUGGUGGAGGGCCUGGGCUACACGUUCCCGUCCACCCGCCUGCCCCUCACCCUGGUCUACUGCUUCGCUUUCCUGACCGAGCUGUCCCACUUCGUCCUGGGCCGGCUCUACAACUUCCAGCCCUUCCUCACCCGCACCGAGGUUUACAAGACGGGAGUCACACAUUACUUCAGCCUGGAGAAAGCCAAGAAGGAGCUGGGCUAUGAGGCUCAGCCCUUCGACCUGCAGGAAGUGGUGGACUGGUUUAAAGCCCACGGUCACGGCCGGAGUCCGGGAAACGGAGGCUCCGACUUUCCUCUUUGGACCUGGCUGUUGGUCCUACUCUUGGUUCUGUCCAUUUUCACCUGGCUGCCACCUACCGCGCUUCUGUCGGUGUGAAGAAAGCUGGAAUAAGUUUCUGAUCACACUUGCUAGAAUGAUUUCCAAGAACUCAGGUUUCAAAAUAUACACCAUGUGAUCUGGUACCACACUUUGGCUUUCCAAAUGACUACUUGAUUAAAGUUUGAUUGAAGUUUAUUCUUCUUUCUUUUUUUCUUUCUUUUGUUGUUUGUUUGGUGCUGGGGAUCAAACUCACGAGCUCAUGCUUGCCAGCCAAAAUUUUUCUUCUCUUGUUUUUCCAGCUGAUCUGGAAAAGGAGAGACACAGAUACGUUAGAAAGUUGCCUUCUCAUGUCGUGUCUUAAGUAAAUGCCACUGAAACCAUCUGGAGGCUCCAGAGAGAGGCUCAGUUUAAUAGGAAACUGCUUGACUACCUCAGAAUCCAAAAACAGGCUUAUUGCUGUUUCGUACACACUCCAUGAACAUAAACAGACAAACUGAGACUGAUAAUGGGAACCGUGAGAGACUAACGCCCGCCGGACUCCUGACAGGCCGAGCCCCAGGACGGUGGCCAUUGCGGGGGAACAGGGUCGUGCCCAGUGCAGUGUCCAGGAUGGACUUGCUCGUCGUGAUAAAGAAACCUGCAUGACCACAUUGGAAACUGAAAUCUAAAUAGCUGGACCUCUCUCCUGCUUCCUAGGCGCACACAGGUCAUUAUAGUUAGGAAUAUUGUUUACAUUCUGUACGAGGGUUGCUACCUCAAGUAUUCUCCUUAGAGGGGCUGUUGCCUCUGGACUUGCUGGAAUGUCUGGCUGUGCCCCAAGGAUCUGCCAUAAGACGUAUCCACAUUCCGGCCUCUGAAGAUAGACUGAAGUUUUAAGAAACAUCUGAAAACUCGAAGGUGAUCCAACAAAUGAUGCCUUUUAGUUAAAAGGCACAGUAACUAAUACAGCGGUUUUCUGACAGGGGAGAAUUUGACUCUGAUAGCAGAGAAGGCAGCCUCCAGGAGCAGCACAUCCAGUCACCCUGAGGACUGACACGGGGGAUUUUCAGGUUAUGUGGUUUCCCAGGAAUCAUAGUGGACAAGAAGGACAGUCAUAGUGAACGGGAGUCAUAGUGGCCAGGAAGGGCAGGAUUGGAACUCGCUGGGAUGGUUGCUGUGGGCGACUGCUAGAGGUCACCUGGGAGCCCCUGAAAACACAGGCGGGCAGUCCCUGCUGACCACCGCCCAGAGGUCCUGGGAAGGCCCCAGCUUUCCCAGGCAGACCUGCACUGUGAUGAUUUUGUGCGACGUUAACCAAGUACCUGGGGGCUCUUUGAGGUUUGUUUUCCUCCUCUGGCAGAUGGGGCUGGCUGGAUUUCCCCUUCCCGUGAACUCACCAGCCUCAAACUGUUUCUCCUGAGCUUAAAACAAGAUGCAGUGACUAAGGUGACAGCAGCUGGCUACAGAAACAACUCAGGGCUUGCGUUACUUUGCACACCUGUACCUGGUUGUCUGUGCAACUCUUUAGGGGAUAACAAAGUACAAUAUAGCAGCUAUUGUUGAUUUCCGACUGUCUUUUUUUGAAAUCCAAGAUCAUUCUCAUUGUCUUGUUCUGUGUCGUUUUAUUGUUUUGUUUUAUUCUCUUUAAAAUAAAUUUUAAAAACCCAA